CCAGUGUUUAGUUGUCGCGGGUUCUCCCUGAUAGCAACUCAUUCAAGGAAAGCGUUUCGUCGCGAUCGCGGUCAUCAUCAGUGUACGAACAACAGUGCACGGAAUGCGUCGAAAAGAUCGCGCCAGAUUUGGAAUGGAACAACAAUUUUGGAUGGCAAUUACCAUUCUGACGAUUCUUUUAGAAUGUAUCAAAGCAGAAUGGACAGAUCCAUUAGGGCAAUACCACAUACAAACUGAUGAAGGUCCCGAGAGAUACUUUCGAUAUCAAACACAAAGUGGCCAAUAUAGAAAAGAAAAGAGAUUGGAGGAUGGAACCGUUAUAGGUACAUACGCUUGGAUAGAUGCUGACGGAUUUUUAAGACAAAGAGAUUACAUCGCGGAUAAUGAAGGAUACAGAAUAUUAAGAACUAAAAACGUUCAAGUUGGUUUCCACACUCCGAUUGAACAAGCCAUAAAAGCAGCUAAAAAAGCUCCCGCGGAAAAUGGAGUUUUGGUGGAAACAAGCAAAUUAGGAUAUUCAAGUACUUCAAAUGCACCUUCAAGCACAACACAAAGACCGUCAAAUUCUUAUAUUCCAAGUUAUCCAAAUAGCGUAUCUAACGUUGAUAUUCGCCCGAAUUCUUAUCCUUACGAACUUCCGGCUGGAGUUUCAACGACGAUUUCACCACCGAUUACUUCAAACGAUAUUUAUAACGAUCAAAAUUCCAUUCAUUACACAUCAACUCCAAUCCCAAUUUUAAGCUCAACCCCUUCUUUAAAUCAAGAAGUUUCAACAACCCCAGCACCAAACAUUGUAUAUAGUUCUAAUCCACAAUACGAACAUUAUUCAAAUCCCUAUAUUAAUCAUAAUGGACCAACUUAUCCGAUUGAUACACACGGACACACAUUUAACGGUCAAAAUAAUAAAAUAGGAAAUGGUUAUGAUCCGCAAUAUCCUGAAUACGAUGGGGUUUCUGUCACUAACGAUGGAUUCAGAUAUUACAUACCGAGGGCUUAUCACGAAGAACAACAGUUACCUGGAAAUCAAAAAAGUGGAAGUUUCGGUUACGUCGAUCCGUUUGGUAUUCGAAGGGUAAUUUAUUACAACGCUUCGCCCGAAGGCGGUUUUCAACAUCGAAAGAACAACAGAUACGUGGGAUUACAUGCGACACCUUACGAUCCGAGACCUUAUUAGAAUUCACAACGAAACGAAAAAUGAAGAGAAAAUCGUUUAAUUUAUAAAUUAAUUUAAUUUAACUCGAUUGUGAUUAGUUUUUUUUUUAAUUUAUUAACGUCUUGCCGAUCCAUAUACCAUUAAAAUAGAUGUUAAGUCACGAAGAUUAUUUACAAAAGCUAUGGGGAACUUUAUUAUACAAACGGUGCCAUUUACUUUAUUAUCAAACUGUGUUCUUGCAUCUUUUGGUUGAUUCUUUUAAGCGCAGUCAUACAUUCACCUUUAUACAUUUUAGCAAAUGCGCUGUAUUAUUUGUUAAUCAUUUAGGGUUCGCUUGCAGCCGAUUAUCUAUUAAUCAUGCAACGGUUCAGCCGCAAGCGCCCUUUUUUCUCCUUAUCUAUAGAAAAGAUGCAAUCUUUUGGUUUAUUCUUUUGGUCCCCAGAAUUAUUGUUUAUAAAAUAUAUUCCUUAUUUAUAAGUAUUAAUAGGUGAAAUGAUGUGUUCUUAUUAUUUUUGUUAUAAACUCUAGUUCGAGGACCGAUCGAUUUAUUUUUGUGUAAAUAAAUUCUUUAAUACAA